UGAAGAAAAGGCAUAGCGCUAUGUGCGAGCAGUCGCCAAGAAGGAAGGUUGCCAUUUGUUUGCUGUGCGGCCUCCCAGGUGCGGGCAAGUCUACGCUAGCUCGGUCACUCAGCACAAGAACAUCGCAGCAGCGCUUCGCCACUAUUAGUUAUGACGAGAUUAUCACCGCGGAAGCCUUUCGGGCUGAACUCCAUGAUGAACUCUACGAACAAUCUCGCGAGAUUUCACGCAGUUCCGCGUUGCUUAAGAAUCCGGAAACAUCACCAUGGAAGCAGCAUCGCCAGUAUCUCUUGGAAUACCUAGAGCAUCUCAUAGUGGCUCUGCUCAACUCCUCAGCAUUAGCGCCUCCACAUGGUACAAGUGAUGGAACCUGGCACCGCUUUGUUGGCUGCCUGCAAGAACAAGGCUUAAUAUCUUCCUCUGGAUCAAGUGUGGAGACAGGGACUCAUUCUGUGAAAAUCCUAGAAAAUGAUGAAGUCUGUCUUGUGCUGGAUGAUAAUUUCUACUACCAGAGCAUGCGGUAUGAGGUGUAUCAGCUGGCACGCAAGCAUUCCUUGGGUUUCUGCCAGAUCUAUUUGCACUGCCCGGUUGAGAGCUGCUUGCUGAGAAAUAAAGGGAGGCCUGUUUCAAUACCGGAGGGUACCAUCUGGCUUAUGGACAAAAAAAUACAAAAGCCAAAUCCUGAGAAAAACUCAUGGGAGCAAAACAGCUUGGUCCUGCAUAGCGCACAGCUGAUUAAAGCAGAUGAUCCAAGAAUAAUUAAACUGGUAAAUCAGGCCAUGGCUAACCCCUUGAGACCACUGCAGGAAAAUCUGGAGAUUAAGGAUAAGGAUCGUGCCAUUACUGCAGCCAGUAUUCUCCAUCAAGCUGACCAAAGCAUAAGGCGCUUUAUCUCAGAGACCAUGAGGAGAGUUAAAGGUGCAGUUUCAGCUCAGGAAAUGAAAGUAGUUGCUCAGGAGCUUCAGUCGGCCAAAUCAGAAUUUUUGGAAGACUUGAAGAGAAGCUUGUCUGAAAAGGGGAUCCAGCCUACAACUGAACGCAGCGCCGCUACUAUAGUGUCCUUAUUUAAAGAGCAGACUGACCACAUUGUGCAGCCAUUUCUCACAGCAGAGCAGAGCAGCUGCCCGGAGCCACAACUAGACUAAUGAUACAGCCCCUGGCAUCUCCCGGUACCGGAUUUCAGUGGACAUUUUGACGCUAUUGGAAUGGUUAUACAGUGUCAUUGCUCACUUUGAGCAGAGCUUAUUUCCACCACUUUAUAUGGGCUAUAAAAAAGCAAUGAGACUGCGGUACUUUGUCAAAGCUGAAAUUACUGUUUAAAACUCUAAUGGCCACAACCCUAAAACCAGGCUAAGAAACCAGAGCUGAUUGCCAGUCUGAGAAGAACUACUUGAUCAAGCAAUGUUAUUAUAGCUUUAUUACAGCUUUCUAUUAUAUGUUAAUAUAAUAUAUGUGCAGGAACCUCAUAAUGUGGGUGGUCUCUCAAUACUGCAGUUAAAAGGACCAAUGAGACCCACACAGAAUUAUUCAUUGCACUGAGAUGCCUGCCAUUCCUAUCCAGGACCUGUAAAAUGAAGAGCACUGUGAUCCAUUUUGUUAUAUUUUUUUUCUAGACUUCAUUCAUACGAGUAAUAUCAUAUUAUACGUAACAGCAGCAUCCCCUGCGAUUCUGUCCAGGUGGGGACCUGACAGAAUGGCGCCUUCCAGUUUACAGUAACCCUCUUUAACACUGAAUCGACCUAUAUAUGAACGUUGUAUUGGUGUCGAUUUGGCGCCACGAGACUGAACAUGAAAUAUGUGAACAGACGAUACAGAUUUAUUAGACUCAGUGAUGGUUUAUGGAGCAUUAAAAUCUUUGGAGAAAUAUUUAAACACACAGUGAUGAAUCUUUUUUUUUCCAAAUACCCAGUUGGGAGAAAUAAGUAGACAUACAUUGUAGCGUGGUUUCGUAACCUUAAAAGUUAGACAUCUGGUGAGUAAAUUCUCGCGCUUGUCAGCCAAUGAUACACAGUUAAGUCAGCUCUUGGCCAAAAAGCCAUGUACAAAAUUUGAUGCAUGAUCAAAAUUAAAAAAAAUAAUAAUAACGUCCGCAGCAUGAUGUUACCUAUGUGGGUCUUCACGAACACAUCCAGAAAGAAACACUCUUUCCCUUCAACAGUACAAAUACAAAGACGGAAGAGACCAACGCAAUAUCGUUAUUUCGCCACAUGAUCGUCAGUCCUCCUAAAUGCACAUCGUGAUGCGUGUUGACAGCAGGCACCUGGGAAGACAGCUAAACAUUAGACGCCUUAUCCAACCCACAAGCUUCACACCCUAACUUGCUCUAAGGUACUUAAUUACUGAUAGAUACCCAUAUAUUCCCCUAUUAAAGGCACACUAAACAGUA